UAGAGGGUGAUGAAAAGGUGUAUACACGGGUAUAGAGACGAACGAUUGGGAACAGUGGAACAGGACCAUUCGGGUACGUCGCGGAAGAAUGCGUAGCCAUUGUUGGUGGUGGUGCGAUCGUUAGUUUCUAGAUCCGGAGAUCGUCAUGGGCCACGGAUAAAGCAAACCCAAAGUGAGCGAAAAAUAAAAGCGAAAAAAAUGUUGUCAAAGCUCGAGUCAAUAAACCGAAAGUUGAUAUACGUAUAUAUUCGGUCCCGGCACUAAGUUUUCCGUAGGUGGUAUAUAGUAGAGUAACUCGGAGAGUCCCGCGCGCGUGUGGGUUGAUAAGUUUCAACGUAAAGACCGAAUGAAAGAGCGAGAGAGAGAGGAGAGGAGAGAAGGGAGAGUACACAGUGCGAGGAAAAAAACGAACUGAAAGACACCGCGGCGGUGGUGAAGAGAAUUGAGGUUCGGAAAGAGAGGAUUGAGGAAAAAGCGCAACAUUGGUACGGGGUUGGCUUAGUGCGGCACGAGCGCGCGUCCCUCGGGGGGAUAGAAUUUUUAUUCUCUUCACUCCACGGCGUGUGCUCUACAAACGCCGAAAACUGCCUGUGAGUCUGAGUGUGUGUAUGUGUGCUUUCGGUUUUGUCUCGGCGAGAAUAUAGAAAUAGUGAGAGAAGAGAGAGGUGGUGGAGUCGAAAAAAGUAUAUAUCCGUCGUCUCUGCGCGUUGCCCGAGUGAAAUUGAGUGCUUUAGUGAAAUAGAGUGUAGAGAGACGGAGAGCGAGAGAGAAAGAUAGAGAGCGCGCAAGUGACACACGCACGUAGUGUGUGGAGGGGCGAGGGAGCGCGAGAAAGAGACAAACUCGGGCCGCGCGGCAGCCAUAACACACACGACGGACACCAACCAAACUAAGCGCAAAAACCUCCCGAUCUACACGCACGGAGUGAGUGAGAGAAAGAGAGGAGGUAAAAGCGCGUUAUAGCUCGUGUACGAGAGACGUGGGUACCCGAGGCGUGUGUGGUUAAGUGAAAUUCUUCUGUUUUUCUCUUCCCUUUUGCGAUCGUUUAUUGAACGUGAAAGAACGAACAGAAAAAUUGUGCGAAGCAAAAGACAGGCAGUGUGAAAUUUCACAGUUCGUCCAGAUGUUGCUAGUAUCGCAAGUCUUGGCCGGAGGUGCGACGAAUCGAAGCAGAAUACAGGGCUGACAUUCGAGCCUCUACCUAUUGCGGGUAGGCUUGAAGGUAGUGUUAUGCCUCGACGGCAACAAACUACUUGGUACCAGCUCAAACGUCUCAUCGAGAUAUUAGCGAGUAACAAUACUCAUUACAGAGUAUAAAGUCGUUGUCAGCAUGAUUGUUGAUGAAGCAUCGUAGCGUCGUGCCCCAACAUAAGGCAGUUACCUGCUGCGUAGCAUUUAUGUUCAAUUUUUGUCCUAAAGAAGCGAAGCCAACAUGCAGCAGGUGGAUACCAACUCGCAAAAUAACUCCUUAGAUGUGGAGGAGCGAGAAAGGCUGUGUAAUAUACCCAAGACGAGUGCACCUGGCAAGACGACAGGACCGUCAUUCGUGUCAGCUAAAACGCCACCGCCACGUGACGAACCCUUCGUAGAACCGGUGAACGGCGUAGUACAGCCUCCUGUCGUUCCACCACCUACGAGGCCAGGACGCAUCACAAAUCAGCUCCAGUUUGUACAAAAGGGUGUCCUAAAGCCAGUAUGGAAGCAUCAAUUUGCGUGGCCGUUUCAGCAGCCGGUAGAUGCGAAGAAGCUCAACUUGCCAGAUUACCACAAAAUCAUCAAGCAACCAAUGGACCUCGGUACAAUCAAAAAACGUUUGGAAAACACGUAUUACUGGACAGCACGAGAAUGUAUCCAAGAUUUCAAUACGAUGUUCACGAACUGUUACACUUACAACAAACCGGGCGAGGAUGUAGUGGUCAUGGCACAAGCUCUCGAGAAAUUGUUCCUUACGAAGGUUGCACAAAUGCCAAGGGACGAGGUAGAACUCGAUCCUCCGGUACCGAAAGGGCCGAAGGGCAAAAAGCCCGGAAUCCCUCGGGUCGGUGGGCCCGGUAUGAUCGGGGCACCUGGAACUCCAGGAGCGACGGGUACCGGACCUGGAAGAGGUCGACCCUCGUCAGGUGCUGCGGCAGUUAGCUCAAGUGUACCAAACAGCUUAACACCUUCGGCGACAUCGGCUGGUACAACGGGUGUUAUACCGAUGCCACCGCUUGGUACCCAAGCGCCGGCGACAGUUCCGGGUAGCACGAAUACGACAACGAUAGCACCACCAACGAGUAUACCCGUCGCGCCAAUGGCGACACACAAUUCUCUGCCUCAACAAGUCGUACCACCUACGAGCGGCUAUCACGCUCAGCCAGCAAUGGAGACUCAACCUCCAACGACUGCCGUACCACCGGCUCCUCAAGUACCCCAAGUACCAACUGUCAUGCCACCUUCGCAGCCCGCCAAGCUCAAAAAAGGUGUGAAAAGAAAGGCUGAUACAACCACACCAACCGCUAACUCAUUCGAACCUCUUUACGCUCCUUUGGACUCCAAAACGGCGAAAAUACCUACGAGAAGAGAAUCGGGACGUCAGAUCAAGAAGCCAACGAGACAAGCGGAAGACGGCCUGGUGCCAUUCCACCAGGCCAAUAUGCCCCUGAUCGGGGCAAUGGCCCAACAGCCUCAACAUACUGGUGGUAAAAUGAAGGAAAAACUUUCGGAGACCCUGAAGUCUUGUAACGAGAUCCUCAAGGAACUAUUCUCCAAGAAACAUUCGGGAUACGCAUGGCCAUUUUAUAAACCGGUCGACGCGGACCUUUUAGGACUUACCGAUUAUCAUGACAUCAUCAAAAAUCCAAUGGAUCUUGGUACAGUAAAGGAAAAAAUGGAUAAGCGGCAGUAUAAAACGGCGCAGGAGUUUGCGUGUGACGUACGGCUCAUAUUUACAAAUUGUUACAAGUACAAUCCCCCCGAUCACGACGUUGUUGCUAUGGCUAGAAAAUUGCAGGAUGUCUUCGAAAUGAGGUAUGCGAAAAUACCGGACGAGCCUCUCAGCGGUAUGGUUCCCAUGAAGCGUGAAGGCGGCGGGGGUGGAAGUAGCAGUAGUGGCAGUAGUUCGGGUACGGAGAGUUCGUCAGAGAGUGACGAUUCCGACGAGGAAAGUACGCAAAAACUGGUGGCGAUGCAGCAGGAGUUGAAGGCAAUGCAGGACGCGAUGAUGAGAUUGGUUGAGGAGCGUAACAAGAAGAAAACGAAGAAGAAGAAGACGGACAAAUCAAAGGGUGGCAAGCCAAUGAGCAACAAGAGCGGGGCCGGCGGUAUGGUUGGUAGUCACAGCGGUGCCAUGAAAGAACUGAUGAAACCAAGCGGUGGUAUACCCAACGCAUCGGACAGUGUUGUCGCGAGUAUAGCAAGUGUAGCGAUGGGCGGGGGCGAUUUAAAAAUGCCAAAUUUGGGUGUUGGUGGUGUGCCGAUGGGUAUGCCGGGUGAACAUCAUCCGGCAAUGCCAGUUGGACCCAAUAAAACUCACGCUGUUGCUCCGACUCCGGCUACGAACGCCAAACCUAAGGGUAAAGGCAGCCGCGGCCCUGGAAAAGCUGCAGCAACCAAUGCGGCCAAUAAACGACCGAAAGCGAACAGCAGAUCGACCGGAAACAAAAAGAAAAAUGCUACGAAUCAACCUCCACCUAUGACCUUCGACUCCGAAGACGAGGAUAGCGCCAAACCCAUGUCUUAUGACGAGAAGAGACAACUCAGCUUGGACAUUAACACUUUACCUGGUGACAAACUCGGCCGGGUAGUGCACAUAAUUCAAUCUCGAGAGCCUUCCUUGAGGGAUUCGAAUCCCGACGAGAUCGAAAUUGAUUUUGAAACGUUGAAGCCAUCGACGCUGCGAGAGCUCGAGAGCUACGUAGCAUCGUGUCUCAGAAAAAAACCACGUAAGCCUUAUUACAAAAAAGUUAGCGGUAAGUCCAAGGAUGAGCAGAUAGCGGAAAAGAAACAGGAACUUGAGAAGAGGUUACAGGACGUCACAGGGCAACUAGGAAACGUUAAAAAAGCCGCUAAGAAAGAAGACAGUAGUAAAUCGGUAGAUGUAGUGGGUACGGGUGGAGCUAGUGGACCUUCACGAUUGUCAGCAUCGAGCAGUAGUAGCAGUGACAGUGACUCAAGCUCGAGUUCACUAUCUUCGAGCUCCAGCGAUUCGAGCGACAGUGAAGCAGGAAAUACGACGAAUCGACCACCCAGGAAAAAAACUAAGAAGAGCGCACCUAGUGCACCCACUUCGCAAUCAGCUAAUGCCACCGUAACACCGGCACCAACGGCUCAAAAUCAUACUGGAGCUCUCUUGAUGAAUAAACAGCCGACCUCGAAUUCUACGGGACCAGUUGCAAAGCCGGUUGUAACACAGCCUAACGCUAUUCCUAUGGAGCAAGUAAUACCAUCAGGAGGCAAUAACCAGACAACACAAGCGAUAGCAGUUGCGGCUGUGACAGCAGGUCAGAGUUUGCCAGUAGCGAGUCACGCUUCGAUGCCGGCACAGCCGCAACGUCCGAGCGCGAUGGCAACGGCAGCACCGAUCAAAAAAACAGCACCGACCCCGCCGGUGACGUCGAAUCCACCGACCCCUUCGAUCACAGUGCCGACACCACCCCCGAGCGUAACACCGACAACCGUGAAUGCGAGUUUGGUGAAUUCGCCUUUAGUGCCACAGGCACCACAGCCCCAGAUUUCGGUUAGUUCAUUUCCAAGCGUGAAUGCGCUUCCCGGGGCGAAUGAUGGCACGGCAAUGAGUCAACAACAGCAACAACAACCGCAACAACCGGGGGAUCUUAUGCAGCCCUACAAUGCAUUAGCGUCCGUAACGACAGCUCAUACAGGACUGGAGCAAACCUUAACUAAUUUGAAGAAAGAGCCCCACAUUUCAAUGAUGCCGCAGCCGCAGCAGCAGCAACAACAACAACAACAACCACAACAGCAGCAGCAACAACAACAGCAACAACAACAACAACAACCGCAACAACCCCAACAACAGCAGCCACCACAACAACAACCGCCGCAACAUCAUCCUCAACAACUGCAGCAGCAUCAAAGCGGUCAUCAAACUAUCAAUAAUUCGAGCAUGAAUCUAUUGGCUGAAAUGAAGAAUCCCGUUAACAUGAUGUCCACGAGUAUAGGGCCGAGUUUGAAUCUCGGCAAUAUGAACAUGACCAGUCCAUAUAUGUCUGCGAUACAUAAUCAAUUAGAGAGCAUUAUGAACACGAGCUCUCAAAUUCCGAAUUUACAAAAUUCCCACAAUAUUACCAUGUCUCAGCAACAACAACAUUCUAAUGGUUUUACGAGCGUAAAACGCGACAAUUCUCCUUCUAAUAUGCUCAACAAUAAUGGCAUACCCGGCUUGAAUAUCGCCACUAUGAACAUGAGCGGAAUGGGUUCGAUUUUCGAUCCUUUGCCUAUGACCGUCGGUGUGAAUAUGCAGAUGUCACAAUUACCUGUUAAAAAAGAGGAGAAACCCAUGUCCAUGACGCAGACACAAAUGACGCACAAAGCCAUGGAUGCCGGAGCUCUUUUUGCAGAGAUGAGCGCACUCGGAAUUCCGCCGAUGAGCAAUCACUCCGGUACACAAAUAAUGCCCGAGAAAAAAAUGACACCCCCAGACUCGAAGAAUCCGGCUGCUAAUUUUGCCUCCGCUUUUAAGAACAAGACUGUCGAGCAAAAUGUUAAAAACGCAUCCUCGUGGUCGUCAUUGGCGCAGGCUUCGAGUCCGCAGUCUGCAGCGGGAAGCAGCAUGAAGAGUUCAGCACGCGAUUCUUUCCAGGCAUUCAAGAAACAAGCCAAAGAAAAGCAGGACAGGCAACGGGCAUUGAUGGAACAGCAAGAAAUGCGCAGACAACAGAAGGAACAGGAAAGAUUGCGACAGGAGAACGAGCGACGGAGGGAACGAGAGGAAGAAGACGCCGCGUUGGAGAAAGUGAUGAAAACUGUUACAGAUCAGCAAGCACCCCAAGGAAUUCAGCAAACACCGAGAGCCGAAGAAGUCAAAGCAUCAACCGACACUGACAGCAGUAGUCCGAGUCAAUCGUCGGGUCAGGACAAAGCUGCGGCUGAGAGGGAACGUCAGAGGCUACGGGAGCAAGAAAGACGACGCCGCGAAGCGAUGGCAAACAAGAUUGACAUGAACAUGCAAAGUGAUUUGAUGGCUGCGUUUGAGGAAACAUUAUAAUGUUUCAAAUUGCUGGCUGUUAAUAAAUCGACUGAAACCGGGCAGGACUUGGACGAAUAUUUGGACGCGCUGGACGAUUAUAACUGCAGGCCCUUGUGUUAUGAGAAUACCUUAAUAUCGACGCUGAAAUACAACUCGUUAUUUGUGUUUUACAAAUGAACAUUUAUGAAUCAUAAUAACGAAUAAUGCAAAUUAUCGAAGGCAAAACCGAAAGUACGUAACCAAAUAGCAGUGACGAUGGUAUUCACUCGUUGGCGCGUACUUCGACGUCGUGAUAACGGUGGUGCGCAGUUGGAACAUUCCGACGGACGAUUAGUAUAAAGUAAAAAGUUUUUCAACGGAUCGCAAAAAAAGGGGGAGACGAAAAACUUUCGUUCGAUAACGUGUGUAAAAACAUAACGAAAAUGCGUGAAAGACGAAGCAAUCGAUAUCGGAAUACGAGUUAAAAUUUUUUAAUGAUCGAGAGAAGCGGCGAUUGUGUAAUCGACGGACACCUGAGUGUAACCAUGUAAUUAGGUAAAUAUUAAUUAACUUACAGAAAUGAUUUCGAUGAUGCCACACACUGAGAAUAACAUUGUGUUACGAUUUUCCGGAUUUUCAUAAGUUUGUACUUUAUGUAAAAUUGGAAACAAAGCGACGAAAACGAAGAAAAAGAAAAAAAUAAGUAACGGAUAAACAAACUAGCAAAAAAAAAUAAAACAUUUAGCAAACAAUACGAGAGAAAAUGAUUAUGAAUGACAUUUGCCUGAAGUGAUGUUAGCUACGUGUGAAAAUGCUGUACGAAUGCGAAAUGAAUGUGACGUGUAUUAAAGCGCGUGUGAGUGAACAUUGAAAAAUGAGGGAAAUAAAGAAAAGAGAUAAACGGGGGUUUGAGCAAACCGUUGAUGUACAUUUAGUUAAGUUUUAUAUUUUUCCACAUUCAGUCAUUAAUCGUUGGUAGAAAAUACGUAGGUCCAUUAUGCCACUAUAUAUAUAUAUAUAUUAUAUAUAUUCUGAUAUAUAUACUUACAAACACAUUUAUGCAUAUAUAAAUAUAUGUGGAUGUACGUGUGUAUGUGAAAAUAUAUAUAUUUAUAUCCUAUAAAUUUACCUAUUCACUAACGAUUUGAAUGAAAAAUAAACUCAAAGUAAUUUUCACUAUUGCGAUGGAGUAAGCAUCAAAGUAUUUGAGAAAAUGAAAAAAAAAGAAAAAUGAAACGAGCAAAAAUUUGAAGAAAAGAAAAAGAAACACCUAAAAAUGAAACUGUUGAUAAUCCUUAUAGGUAGGCUUGUUUAGUCAAUAACAAAUACAAGAUUUUACCUAAUGCGAGGAUAUACAACAAUUUCGAGUGAACCAUAAUCAUGAAAAACGACCAUGGAGGUCACGGCGAUUUUACGAGAUCAUUGUUUUUUUUUCUCUCUCUCUUUUGACAACAUGACGUGUGCGUAUCACGAGGUUUCUAUCGGUGCAACCCGAAGAAGAUAAGAGAAAAAAAUAUAUAUAUAAACGUGCGAAACUCCGAUAAGUCGUGGGGUGGUUCGACAUGAUCCACUCAAAAAAGAAAAAAGUCGUCAAUUAUUAUGAGAAUAAAGAUGGGGUGUGCAUAACAUUUUUUCGAAGAAAAGAACAAUUAUUAAAAAGAAUAAAAACAGAAAGCAUAAGUCGAGAUAUUCGAACGGAGCGAAAGAAUAUUGAAAAAAAAAUAAAUAAUUCAACAGAGGAACUGACAAUUCUGGCUACUUUGAAAAAUACAGCAUUCCUUGUUUGUUUUUUUUCAUAAACAUUAUUUCCUUUAAUAUUUAAUUAUUUUUGUAAAAUUGACCGCCGGUAUUUUGUAAGUGCAUAUGUUAUUUCUGUACUUCAAAGUGUGACAUUCGAAUCCCCGAGGUUUGCUGUGUGAAUAAAAUCUUAUAAGAAAACUUAAUUUAAUGAUUAACGGCGAAAGUAACGACCCUAAUGUUUUUUUCUCGAGAUAUAUAUAUAUAUAUAUAUCUCAUUCUUUUUUUUCAAUUCAUUUGAAGAGAAAAAGAAAUUAUAUACGUUUUGGUGUAAACAGCAAAUGUGUGUAGUUACAUGUACUGGAGCUCACUCUUGUAAUAUAAUUGUUUAUAAAUAAAUUUGAAAAAACUAUAACAAAGAAUGCUUUUUUUCAACGUAUCGAGAAGUGUCGAAUUUAUCGCGAGAAUCAUCUUAAUUCUCCGUCUUCUACCAAUUCGAUCGGGAUUUCUAAAAUCAUGUAUGUUCGUAUAUAUAACAAAUAUUAGCUUGAGAUGCGGCGUACCUUAAAAUUCCCCAUCUACGUGUUAGGGAUUACGUGGAUCGUAUUAUUUUCCAAACCACGUGAUCGUUGGCAACGGAGAGUAUAAUUUGUUUUUCCGAACUGUCGAAUUAUCUCUAACUUGCGAGCAAUAAACUCGAUUGACGAUCGGUAUAUCCUCUAAAUUCGCAAAUAACCUUGGUGCGGUUUAGAAAUCUUAGGACAACCCAUUUUAAUUGGCAAAAAUAAGAAAAAAAAGUACAAAAGUUUAUAUGAAUAAUGAAAAAAAAAUUAAAAUUGAAAUAAAUUUAAAAAAAUAAUAUUACGUUCCGUCGAGUUCAGUGCGUGUCGUAACGGCGAAUGCACCGUCGAUUAUCGCUGAACUCGCAUUUCGGCGGUGCGUUCGAACGAGAAUAAAUUAAAUAAAUAAAGCAACAAAGAAAAAAAAACAAUAAUAGUAAACAAAAAUCGUUUAGAAGGUUAAUAGUUUGUUAGUUGCUCUAGCUCGUAUCUACCACAAUCAUACUGAUAAAUGAGAGUUAUCAAUGUGAAUUUAUAAUAAUAUUAAAUUAUUUAAAUUGAAAAAGAAAAAAAAUGAGAAAAUCAUACAAACGAAAAAAAGAAAAAAAAUGAUACAAUUUUAUUUUUUCAAGAGCUUAUCGUGUAUAUUGCUGCUUCUGCUGCUGGCGGAUCUUUUCCUUUUUCGUUCGAAACUCGAUGAAUAUUUGUUGUGUAUGUGCAAUGUUGUUGGCGCGUCCCGGCAAAUUUGUCUCUGGGACUUUUCGGCAUGAUCGAGCUGUCGGCUUUGGCUCGUACUUUUCUAUUUUUCGUUUAUUUCUUUUUCUUUAUGAGUAUAGAAUGAUUGUAUAGUGUAUUAUUAAAUAACGAGAGUAAGGGAGGAAAAGAAGACACGCAUGAUCGAAUUACAAGCUCAAAUCUACUCGUCUGAUGUUUGUGUUUUUUAUUACGCCUUCAAACGGAGCCACCCCUUUUUACUAUAGAAUCGAUUAUUUAUUAUCCUUGGAAUUAUUUGUUUGUUAUACAAUCUUUGUAUCUACGUAUUCGGCAUUGCUUAUGUUUACUUGUUACCCCGAGAUAAUGUUGAUUACUGAUUGAGUAAGACGAAAAUUCGUUCACGUUUUCGAGUCAACAUGAGCAGUGCAAAUGACGCAAAUUAUUAACGUUCUAACGAAUGAUAAACAAAUCAUCGAGUGGAUAAAGGAAGCAUGGAUUUAUUUCGAAGUAAUGAGGAAUGUACACCGAUACAUUGAAUUAUAUCGGUGCUCGGUGAGAUAUGAAAAAAUUAAAGUUAUUUCGCAAGCACAUGUACAGCGGCGAGAAUAAAAUGACUAUUUUUUUUUUAUUCAGUACAUCCGUUAAACCGAAAUAUUGUCCAUAAGAAUUGUUACGAAGGCGAUUUAGAUUAUAGCGAGAAUAAAUGUUUUCUAAUAUGUUAUGAAAAAAGCGCAGAGAGGAAGCGGGAAAAAAGAGAGUGUGAAAGAGAGGGAGAGAAAGAAAAAAAUUAUUAAAAAAAAGCAACAUAAAAUAACCGGAGCAUUAACGUUGUAUUUAACGAACGAAUAAGAGAAGAAAAAAAAACUUAGCUGUAGUGACUAACGAUUCCUCUAGAUUUCUUUCUGGUCAAAGUUCAUGCUGCUGUCUUUUAUUAUUUUUUCAUCAUUUCCUCGAGCACAUCACGCGAAAAAAAAGAGAAAAAAAAGCAAGCUGCGGAUUUAUUUUGAUGAUUUCAACACCUUCCGAUAUAUCAAAUUGUCGCUAAUGACUGGACGAGAAAUGGAACACCAAAAAAUGAGGUGGUAUACAUAUAAAAAUAUAUAAAUAAAUCGAUGAAUAUAAACAUAUACUUUAAAGCCAGAAUAUGCACGUGCUAGUAACUCGAAACUAGAUAAAUUCUGUUGGUAAUUUUUCACGAAUUGUAGUGAGAAUUCAUCAAUGAAAUUUGAACCCUGAUGAAAAGCUUGUUUUUAUGUGACGAUUUGCUGAGUUGAGGCUUCCAUUCUUUCGUGUGUUAACGUAGCGUCUUGCAUGUAAUUUUCUUUUAUAAUUAUAUUGAAUGAUAAGAAGACAAAAAAAACGAAAAAACAAGCAAAAAGGACAUUUCGAAUAUUUAGAAAAAAAGCAGGAUAAAAUGAAACUAUUGAAGGGAGAAAUGAAAUUAAUGUUUUAGCGAGGUACUCGAGAAAAAAAACUAAAUAAGUUAAACAUCCUCAUAAGUUAGGAUUAAAGUUGAAAGUGACAGAGCGUGCAGGUCUCAGAGUCGUUCACUUUUCUUUUCUCGUGCGCAUCAUUAUUGUAUCGCUCUAUUUUUUUUCUUCAUGAUAAUGGACAACGUCGUUUGAGCAGUCACGUACCCGCGUUUAAGGUUGUACGUGCAUUCGUUCUCGUACUAAAUUUGUAAAGACUCAGUGAGCUAAAAACUGAGGGAAAAUAGUAUUGAAUAUUAGAACGCGAAAAGAUAUUUUCCGUUGGAGAAAAGAGUUGAACAAGUUCAGAUGAAAAGUGCCCCUUUUUUGGCACCAAUAUUAGACCCGCCUCAGUCUCGUUCUCACUUAUUACUUAUUUUCCAUAACAUUGCUUUUUUCGUGUAACGAAGUCGUUUGUUCAUUUUUUCACGUUCUCUGAAAAAUUCGUUUAUAUUUUUAUAAGUUUUUCUGUUUUUGAAGCACUAAAUACGCGAUACCUGCCAGCAGAUGUUGUUCAAGCCCCUAUGCCAUUUUCAAAUUUCCAUCGUUAGGAGCUCGUUUUUUAUUUGGGAUUCUUCGAAAUGGAAUAUCUGAUUGAAAAAUCGUUGAAUAUCGAUGAAAUAUGAAGAAAAAUAAAGAAAGGACUAAAUUCAGUUUUAUUUUAACCUCCAACUUGGAAGAUUAUUCAAUUUAGUUCAAUUCGUCGCAAAAUUAGCAUUUUUUUCCUAGUGAUCAAAGUCGAAAGUAGAUGUGACUUUUAAUGAGAUAAAUUAUUUAUGAAAAUCCUUUGGAUGGGCAUCACGUCUUUUCUCUAUUGAUUGAGAUAUUAUUUAGAUCCUAGUAGGUAUAAUGUAAUUCAUUCGGACAGUUUGACAAUCGGAAAAAAAUGAAUAGUAACUCGACGAUGUUUGGAAAUCUCGAAGAUCCUCGUUCGCCACUGUGUUUCAAGCUUCCAUAUUCAAAUCAUCGUGUCGGUGUGUGAUUUUUCGUCCACUCCUCGAGCCAAUACUUUUUCACGGUUUUCAAAGCGAAUUUCUCACUUUGGUCUCUCACAAUAAAUGUUUGAUCGAUUGGAAAAAGCGUUGAAUAUAACCGUCAAAAUUUGUGGUAUGAAUUGACAAAGUUUGAAUGACGAAAUGAGCGACCAAUAUUUCAUCGUUGCACACUCGUUCUUCUCCUUAAAUAAAAUUUAAAAGAUGCUUAAAAAUUCAAACGAAAUUGGCAAAUACAAAGGAAGUAUUCAAUGAUCGAGAAACUAAGAAAUUCCAAAAAAUCUUCACGACUCCAAGCUUUUGGUAUCUCAAAUGAAAUUAAAAAAAAAAAUUAAAAAGAAGUAAAAAAACGAGAAAAAAAUAAUACUACGAUUAGAUUAGUAUUAAGCAAAAAAAAUGAAUUUACGUGUAAUAGGUAUUAUAUGUGAUUGUAAUAUACAACGUUUGUAAUUGUAAAUAUGAGUGAACGAAUAAUUGGCAGCGAUUCAUCCGGAUCCGGAUCUAAAUGUAUAAACGAGAAGGCAAAAAAAGAAAAAAAAACAAAUGGCGACAAAAACAGGAGAGUGAUUGAGUAAGGCGAGCGAAAUAAAUACCAUACACACACACACAAACACAAACUCAUUGCGAUAAACACGACACAUGUGAGAUAAUGGUUUGUAAUAUUUGAGAGAGGGCCGAAAUAGAAGAAGAUUGUGUGUAAACCUGAUAGAUCUCAGCGUAAGUUUAUAGAAAUGUUUGAAUUAUAAACCGAAAUCGAGUAUAAUAAUUCAUCAAUGGUAAAGAAGAAAGAAUAAUUCAAAGUAGUAGAGAGAAAAAGAAAAAUAGAUGAUGAAGAAGAAUGAAGACGAAUUAAGCGUAAUAUUCGUAAAUAACACCAAAAUUACACCCCUGUAUGAAGAGCAAAAAAUAAUUUUUUAUAUGAGUUCCCAACGGGCGCACAUCAUCUCCGAAAUGGCACAUAAUUGAUAAACUGAAGAAAAACUACAAUUUUCAGCAAACUUACUACUAACUAUAGGAUACUGGAGAAAAAAAAACAAAUGGUUGUAAAUAAAUAAUAAUUGCAAAAAAAAAACAAACAAACAAGCAUAAACGAGUUGAUGAGCGAAAAGGAAAUAAAUGGCUCGACGUUUGGUACGAACAGCGAGAGAAUGAAACGAUCGUCGACUGCGCGAUUUGUAUCACACAAAUGUCCCCCCCGAAUUUUCCUGCAUACAUUUCUACGAGAUUCGAUCUCGUCGUUCACGAGAACACGUGUGUGGUUCCAAAAUUUACGAAAAAUCGUUCAAAGUAAAAACAAUGAAACAGCGAUUGUGAAUAAAGUUUCGUCUGUCAUUAUUCGCAGUACAGUCGAAUCGUGGAAAAAAAAAAACAAUAUAAAAACAGAAUAAAGCGUACGUAACGUACAGAGUAAAUUUUAAUCGAUUACGAUUUAAUCUAUAUAGUAAUGUAGCGAUACUAUAUGGGCCAAGAUUCGUAACAUUCAAUUUAUAUAAAAACAAAAGAAAAAACUAUUCACGAUAUGUACACCGAUUAAAACGAGGAAAAGUGUCCGUGUGUUUGUGUGUCGAUGAAAGAUAUGAAAAAAGAAGAGAAAAAAAAAGAAAAAAAAAACACAAAAAUCAAUAACGUAAAUACACAUAUGACUAUCCAUGCGUAAACAAUUAUAUUUCCUAGUUUGCAAUCUUUUUGCAUGUCUCAUACAUGUAUAUAUAAACAUAUAUAGAACGUUAGACAGGCUGAAAGGUGUACGUCAACAUUUUUUAAAACGUUGAAAUGAUUGAAAACAAAAACGAAUAUAUAAUUAUAAUAUAAACAAUACGAAAUCGUGUCAUCCAAUUAUUUCGAAAUAGUUCGACACGAGCAGGUAUUGAAUUAAUCGCAAAUAUCGUUCGACAGUUACUCAACUUUUCGUUUGUCUUAUCGCUAUUAAGUUAGCUGAAAAAUAAUAAUUAUUAUAUUGCGGUAAAUAAAUCAUUGUAUAUAUUAUACUAAAUACUAUUGUUAAGAUAAUGCGUACACGAUAAAAUGAAUGAAUAAAUAAAUGUGUACGUAUGUAUACAUAUAUGUUUACA